ACCAGGCGGAAGUGACGUCAGCGUGCGCAGCUAAGCCCGCCCCCUCCUACUGUAGGAGGAAAAGAAAGAUGUCGGCAACUGGAGAGGAUCGGGGGGAUGAAGGCGGCUCUGGAUUCCAGGGGUCAUGCUGCGCUGAUAGGCCGAGGUCCGUGUCUCCUUCCUCGGAUCAGCUGCACCAGAGCAAUACGCUGCUCGGGCUCCCGAUCGUGGCCAUCGAGAACAUCUUCAACUUAAUGAACUACGAUGAGAUCAGCCAGCUCCGUCUGGUGUGCAAGCGCAUGGAUGUGGUGUGCCAGCGGAUGCUUAAUCAGGGCUUCCUGCGGGUGGAGAGGUACCAUAAUCUGUGUCAGAAGCAGGUGAAAGCCCAGUUGCCAAGACGAGAAUCUGAAAGGAGGAAUCACUCGUUGGCACGCCAUGCCGAUAUCCUCGCGGCAGUAGAGACCAGGCUCUCGUUGCUUAACAUGACAUUUAUGAAAUAUGUCGACUCCAACCUCUGUUGUUUCAUCCCUGGCAAGGUUAUUGAUGAAAUCUACAGAGUGCUGCGAUACGUCAACUCUACACGGGCGCCACAGAGAGCACAUGAAGUACUACAGGAGCUACGGGACAUCUCUUCUAUGGCCAUGGAGUACUUUGAUGAAAAGAUUGUUCCAAUCCUCAAGAAGAAACUUCCCGGCUCUGAGGUCUCUGGUCGUCUCAUUGGCUCCCCCCCAGUUCCAGGUCCAUCAACCGCCUUGAGUACAAUGCAGCUGUUCUCCAAGCAGAACCCAUCGAGGCAAGAGGUGACAAAGCUGCAACAACAAGUGAAAGCCAGCGGAGCCGGCAUCACUGUUCUGAGGCGAGAAUUGUCAGAGCUGCGCACGAAGGUGCAAGAGCAGCAGAAACAGCUCCAGGACCAGGACCAGAAACUUCUAGAACAAACCCAAAUCAUUGGAGAGCAGAAUGUGCGACUGACUGAGCUAGAGCACAAACUGCGGGACGUCGUGGAGAGCACUGUGGGCGGCUCCUCAGGGCCAGGCCAACGGGACGACUCUCCCCGCAAGAGAAAGAAGGUAGUGGAGGUGGUGGACUGUCCUAGGAAAUCCAAACGACUUCGAAGCCGGAAGUAAAACGUCUAAAAAAAAACUGUUAAUAGCAGCUAGGAUGGUUUGGGGCAGAACAUGAGCUGUAAUACAAGGUGCAACUCCCGAGUAACUGUCACAGUCCACAUCAACCUACUACACGCUAGUUAUGCCCUAUAAGGGUUAGACUCUUUGGUUUCUCUGCAGGGGUUUUAGGGAGGUCUCUGAAGUAACUGCUAGGCCCUAUAUUAAAGCCCAGGUGAGAUGUGAUUCCUAUGCUUACUAGGAACCCAUCAAUAUCUAUUUAUAAGGUCAGAUCAAUAACCGGCCAGUUGCAAUGUUCUUUCAAAGGUAAUAGUUGCUUCUGUGCAAGGACCAACCUCUAUAUCCUAAUUGGCCAAAUGUUAACCUUUAGAUGUUGAGCUGUGUCUCCCUGCAGCAGCUUACUACAACUCCCAAGCCUUUGAGAACCAACCACCCGUGAAUAUUGUAAUUAAGCAAUAGCUGCACCCGAGUGUAAAAUCUCUAGUUCUAGACAUUCAGAACAUGUGCAUCAGAAUGUUCUUGCUUGGAUCAUGGUGAUAUUUAUGGGUAAUGACCCUCGAUCAGAAGAGUCUUGCUUCCCCCUCCCCCACCCAUGGUGCAGAUAUAUUUAAGCACUCAUUGGUUAUUUAACCCUGGAGCUGUUGAUGUCCAGUGUGGUAAAGGUAACUUAACUUCUCAGUGCCUGUUUCCCUGUUUGUACCAUUGAAAAAUGCUACUGUUUAGUGAGGAUUGUACCCUCCUGUUUUGCCCCCUCCUCCAGUUUUUGCACCAGGACAAUGAAGGACUGACUAUAUGUCCCUCGAUUUUCACUAAGAAGCCAGAAUACAUCCUCAAUUCAGCUGGUGGCACAGAUUUGCUGAAGCACCACUUUGACUUGAAUUGUGUAAACACACUGCAUAUAUAUCCGUACAAUUAUAAAUAUACACAUAAACCCCCUUCUGUCAUUUUCAUGCAACUCAUUUGCAGUUAUGUGCCCGCUAUCCAUGCUAUAAUUCUGUUUAAUUAUCCUCAUUCAGAAAGAACCUAUGGAAAAAAAAUCCAUUUGGAAAGUUGCUGGCCUGGGUGCAUAAGCCAGGGGUGUUGCUGAACUACAGCCCCCAGCUAGGAGAGGGGAUUCUGGGAGUUGCAAGUCUGUAGCAACUGUAGAGGCAAAUGUCUCCUCUCCCUGCACCCUUUACUGACCAGCUGUUCCUGCAGUUGUUCUUCUAUGACAAGAGAGGAUGAAUCCCAUUGUGUUUGUGUCUUUCCAUUAGUACAAGGGUCCCCAGUGACACUGUAUCUCCUGCCUCUACCAAUAAAAACACUCCGUUUGA